UUCGUCCUCAGGAUUUCACUCGGUCGUUUUCUUCCUGACACUUUUUUUUCGCAUCACACACAACGGGCUAAGCGAAAGAGGGACCACCCUAUGCACUAACUUUUGGUAAGUUCAUCUGGUCGUCAGUCCAUGGCUUCUGCUUUUGCUACGCCAGUUGCAUCCACCAAGGAGACGACCAACUAUGCACGGUUGUGUCGUAUUCUGGUGGACGUUGGAUUCCAUGCCUUGAGGGACACAUUCGACAGAAUUCACCCUCCAGCUGGACUGCAUUCUGUAUUGGCGCUUGGUACCCCAGCACACAAGAAACUGCAGUCACUUAAGUCAAGAAGAAUCCUCAAUCCUACUCAAUGGGUAAACUUGUUCCCUACCAUCCGUACAUCUGUUUCAUCAGCAAGCUUUGAUAUCACGUUAUUAAUGGUGCUGCUAAGGAAUAUAUGUGGUUUGACUCCACCCAUCACCGGCUGGGACAAUCCUCCUUCUGCUGCAGACACGAGUAUUGAAGCCAACAUAGCCAGGGUGAAGUACUACGGAAAUACUGUUUACGGCCAUGCCACACAAGCUUCUAUAGACGAUGUAACGUUUAACACCCUCUGGAAGGAUAUCAGUAACCCGCUAGUAACACUGGGAGGAGCGAGUUAUGGAGCUGCUAUCAAUAAACUCAAGUUUGAGUGCAUGGAUCUCGACACUGAGGAACAUUACAGAGAGCUGCUGUUGAAAUGGAAGAAAGGUGAAGACAACAUCAAAGAAAAACUUAAAGCAAUGGAAGUUGCUUUUAAAGAAGGCCAACUUAGUGACCUUGAACUAGAUGAGCUGGCAGGAAAGAUUGCUGCAAAGUGGGAGACGCUGGGACUUCACCUUGGAAUUAGUCAGAAUGUAGUGGAAGAAAUAGCCACUAAUGCAAAAGAUAAACCACGUGCGAUGUUAUUUCGUUGGAGAAAUACAUCAUCCUCUUGUACACCUUAUGAAGACCUCUACCACGCCUUAUGUCAUGUCCGAGUUGGUCUUGAUAAAGUGGCCAAAGAAUUUUGUUGCAAAAUCAAGGAAAGAUUUGGCGAGGUGGAAGAACAAAUGGGAAGACAAACGAAAAGCGUCAGAGAAAAGUUAGACCCCUUGAGGAAAUCCAGCCAAGAUGAAGACAAAAUUAAAAACGAUCUUCAACUGAUGAAAAGUGAGAUGAGGAACAAGAGUGACAAAUUAGACACUUUGAUGACACAGAGAGAGACCGAGGAUAAAGGUCAGUUCUAAAUAAAAACUGGGAGCAUUUUUGCACGGUAAAACAAAACAGCUUAUCCAGCGAAAAAAAAAAAACAUUUUCGCGAAAUUGAAAAAGUAAUGAUGUUAUGCAGUCAUUUGCCUAUUCUCAGCCGUAAAUGAGCCUUUUAAACUUUUGUUAAGAAUGCUCUGUAUUUAAGAAAUAGAUAAAAUGUGCCGUGUUGCUAUCGAGUUCUAGCGUUCUUUCAGGAAUGCCGUUCUCUGAUUGGCUACUCUACUCACUAUCUAUUUUGUUUUAGUAGAAUUC